CACCUGGUGCUGCGCGAGACGAGCGCGAGAGAAACGUGUAAAAUCGGCUGCCGCGGUAGAGGGGGAGAAAAGAGAAGCUUCGGUCCCCUCCUCUCGGAGCUGCACCUGUGCUUCUCCUGGCUCCGCCCAGCGACCAAUCCCGACUCGUCCACCCCCGUCGAGGUUGGAGACUCGCGGUGGGGAUAGAGGCAACCCGCGCGAAAGCCCAUCUUUGCAUUUUCCCACCUCCGGAAAAGCUUUCGCGCACCUCCCCCUCCCCCAAAGCUCAGUGAGAGAGAGAGAGAGAGAGAGAGAGAGAGAGUCUGGGGGUCGAGGGAGCACUCGCGUGGCCGACGACCUUGUCUCAGUCUUAGCUUCGUCGCCGGCGCAUCGAUAUACCGUAUAAGAGCGCGAGAGUGCGCGCGAGAGUUAAUCUACAGAGCGCUGCGGACUGUAAGUCGAGGUGGUACACGAGAGGCAGCGAAGCAUAAGGAAGUAGUACUAGCAGUGCUAUGCUGCAGCAGUGUCGGUCAUGCUCGGCCGGUGUAGCCCAGGUUUUUGUGCCCAAAGCGUUUGGUGAUAAAAGUGUCAAGUUAUUGUUGUUGUUGUUGCUCGUCGUGUCAAUCGGUGCGGAGGGGUGGACGCCGGAGAGCAGUGCCUCAAGGGAAUCAUGCUGAUAGUCCAGCCGAUGCUCGGGGCGCUGCUUUUACUCGGCGCGUUCGCGAGCUCGGUACUCGCCUGCGGACCAGGUCGCGGUGGCGGCCGUCGGCCGAUUCUCCGCAAGCUCACGCCCCUCGUGUUCAAGCAGCACGUGCCGAACGUCAGCGAGAACACACUGCCUGCUAGUGGACUGGGCGAGGGUAGGGUAUCGAGGAACGACAAGAGGUUCCGAGAUCUCGUGCCCAACUACAACGUUGACAUAAUCUUCAAGGACGAGGAGGGAACCGGCGCCGAUCGGCUCAUGACUCAGAGGUGCAAGGAGAAGCUGAACACGCUGGCGAUAUCGGUGAUGAACCAGUGGCCGGGCGUCAAACUGAGGGUGACGGAAGGAUGGGACGAGGAGGGAAAACACGCGACGGACUCGCUGCACUACGAGGGCCGAGCCGUCGACGUGACGACUAGUGACCGCGACAGGGCCAAGUACGGCAUGCUCGCGAGACUCGCCGUCGAGGCAGGAUUCGACUGGGUCUACUACGAGUCCAGGUCGCACAUACACUGUUCCGUCAAGUCAGAAUCAUCGUCGGCGGGCAAAUCCGGCGGUUGCUUCCCCGGAGCGAGUCUGGUGCGAACCUCGGACGGUCUCACGAGGCGACUGGACGAGUUGAGGUUAGGAGAUCGGGUAGCAGCGAUGGACCAUUCGACGGGCGAGAUCGUCUACAGCGAGGUCCUGGCGUUCAUCGACCGUCAGCCGGAGGAGCGUCGGCAGUUCAUACGUCUGAGCACAAAGUCCGGACAAGUGCUCACCCUGACGCCCCAGCACUUGGUGCCGAUCGAGGGAAAAUCGGCGGUCUUCGCGGCGCGAGUCCAACCGGGCGAUCGGUUGCUCGUCAGGCACGUCGUGACGUCCAGCCUGGAGCUGGAGGCCAACAACGAGACGCUGCGCUAUGACGAGGUGCUCGAGGCGAAGCUCGUGCUCGAGGAAGGCGUCUACGCGCCCCUAACGGCUCAGGGUACGCUGCUCGUCAACGACGUGGUGGCCAGCUGUUACGCCCUUGUGGACAGCCAGUGGGUCGCCCACUUGUCGUUCCUGCCAUACAGGCUCUUCAGGUCGAUAGAGUCGAGCCUCGGCAGGUUCGCCGAGAUGCUCAGGAGCCUUGGAUCCAGCUCGAGUCGAACGACCACGACCACGACGACGGUUCUGAGGGACGUUAACUCGGAACCGAGCGAAGGCGUCAUGACCUACGCCUCGUUCCUCUACAGCCUCUCGGACUACGUACUGCCCAAGAGCAUGAUCUACGACUGACUGCAUAGACGCGCACGACGAUAUGAUAUGGCGAUUAUUGUAACACUUUCUAGUAUCAGCUCUAUAUUUUUCUUUUUUUUUUACGUUAUAUAUCUGCACACUGUGCACUUCUAUCGAACUCUUCAGGCCAGUGCUCUCUUCUCUCACGUAUUCUGAUGUAUCUUCUUUAACGUUAGGUGUACAUUGUAAGGACGCCGAUUUAAUUGUACGAUAUUUAUUGUAGAUUUGUAGGGCAAGUCAUAUACACACGUAUAUCGGAUGGAACGAACCACUGCUUAUGUACUUGAUUUUGAGUCUGACUAUCUUUAGCCUAGAUUUAUAUAGCGUACUUUGUAAUUAUACACGAAAAAUUUACUGUAUUAUUUAAAGCUAUACAUAUACUAUCCCCUAUACUUAUAGGCAAACAUACGUAAAUACUUUGUAAGAAUCUGUGCACGUGGCAAUCGAUUAUAGAGCGGACGCAGGUGGUUCCUUCCAAACCGAUUUCUCGAUAACCAUUGCUCGACGAGCCUCAUUAGAUACAUUCUCGUCGGAGUUGAAAAUUAUUUAUUAUAUCGCCUAUUAUAUUUUAUACUCGGAACAAAAAUGACACUGGAAUUUAUAGCUCGUAAUCAUGCGUUUAGGAUUAAGGACGCGAGGCUCGUCGAGCAAAGGUUUCAUGUAUUAUAACUCUUCACUGUUAUUUUGUAAGAGCGCGUAGGGGGGUGAAAAAAAAAAGAUAGUCGCGCGAUUUUUUUCGCUACGUUAUUAUAUAAGUGCGAAUGGGGGGGGGGGGGCAACGUAUAAGAGUGGUCGAUCGAAUCGACCCACUGCGCUCGGAUUUUUGUAAAUAUGAAUUAUAUAUAGUAGAAAGCGUAUCGCGAGCACACGAGGGUUAGUCUAAAAAAGUGAAAUAUAUAUAUAUUUUAUAUAUGUAUUUGAUAUUUAUAUAAACAGUCGACUUUGAUGAUGAGCCGGAGACGAAAAAGUUAAUGAAAAAAAUGUUCAUUGUUAUAUGUAUGAUUGCCGGUGAUCGUUAUUAUUUUAUAUACAUGUAACUCUCUUCUCUCUAUCUCUUUCUAUCUUUACAUAUUUAUCUUCUCCAUCCCAGUUAAAAAUGGCAAUCGCGUUGCAGGAAAGUCAUCGAGCUUUGAACGAUUAGGGCCAUCAACAAUGUAAUUGUAAAUUAACUCUCGUCCGGAUUUUCUCCGUUUGCGCGUCGUCGUAAACGAGGAGAAAAAUCGAAAUUCCUUUUGGUCGGAUCUAUUUUUUUUUUUUUUUUGGCCCAAGUCUAAACCGAAGAGGCGUCUCAUUGUGCGCGAAUGAGACACUUUAAAACCCGUGACUUUCUUCGCUCUUGAGUUAUCAUUUAAAGAACGAUCGCGCCAUCUCGUAUGGAACACCACUAUAAGAUAGGGCAGCUGACACACACGCAUACACAAACACACAGCCAAUUGGUACUUAUAGACGUAUGACAUUAAUUAUUUCUUAAUAGAUAGUAUUAUUUGUAUGUAGAGCAAGAGAUUUUAUAAAUUAUGUAUAUAUAUAUUAGCAACAAUUAAAUCAAUUACACAUGAA